CUGUUUUCGCAUACACGGGACACACCAGCGACCACCAUGCCGAAGUUUCAGAUUCUGUGCCUUUUGUGCGUAACGAUUACACUUAGCCACGCGGUGGUUUUAAGUGGUUACAAUGGCGGCCACGGGAUCUCGUACACGGAUUACGAGGGUCUCGAAGGAUACGCAGGAGUUGCUGGUGAAUACGAAGGACACGCGGUAUUACCAACAGUGGCAGUUCCGAUUCACGCGGUAUCCGCUGCGCCUGUUCAUGUUGCAGCAUCCCUGGAUCAUGUAGCUCAUGGCUACGAUCAUCACGCUGAUCACGAUCACGAUUACUACGCUCACCCAAAAUACACUUUCAACUAUGGCGUCCACGAUCCCCACACAGGAGACGUGAAGACCCAGCACGAGGUUCGCGAUGGCGACGUGGUCCACGGAUCAUACAGCGUGAACGAACCCGACGGAAGCGUCAGAAUCGUCGAAUACACCGCCGACGAUCACAACGGUUUCAACGCGGUGGUGAAAAAAGUUGGACCAGCCGUUCAUCCUAAACCGAUCGCUGUAGCGAAGUACGUUUCACCAGCGUACUACAAUAGUUACGACGAAUACGAGAAGCACCAUUACUAAACGUGCACAUACAAUAAACUAAUAGGGAAAACAAAAAAAAAAAAGAAAUAGA